GGAAUGUCAUCUGGUUAUAAUCAUAAGGCGGUUUGAACAGUACUAAACAAGAUUUAACUGCGAUACAAAUUCGAAUCAAUCAAGCAUGUGUAGAGGAUUAUUGUUAUUCAGCUUAUUAGUAUGUGCUUGUUAUGCCACUUUUCCAAGAAGUGUUGUCAGAACAUUAAGUGUGUCAAACGGUGGCCGCUGGGGUGAAUGGCAAGAACCAAGUUUUUGUCCAGAUGGACAAUUUGCUAGUGGUUAUAGAUUAAAGAUUGAACCAAGAAGAGGAUCAUAUUUCUGGCAAGACGAUAGUUCCCUGAAUGGUAUAGAAUUAUUGUGUAGUACCAGAUCUACUACCUCCGAUGACAGAUUUACCGUAUCAUCUGGGUAUGGCCCUUGGGGAGAUUGGAAAGGAUUGAUUACAUGUGAUAGGAAAGGACAGUUCUUAACCUCCUUCUCUCUCCAAGUUGAAGAUUACCAGGGAAAUGGAGAUGACACUGCAGCCAACUAUGUUAAAUUUAGUUGUCAGGAGUUUGGCCGUCAUCGCUUCUUUGACCGUUAUCGCUACAUUGGUGGAAGAGGUUUUUGGGGAGGUUACGGGGCUUGGAGUCAGUAUUGUCAAGAAGGAAGUGCUAUCUGUGGCCUGAGAACUAAGCUGGAGAGUCCUCAAGGCAAUGGGGAUGACACAGCGUUAAAUGAUGUUGAGUUCUAUUGUUGUGGAAGCGAUUAACAUUUCUUUGUACACUACGUUUAACAUUUACUUAUUGUAACCUGCUGCAAAUAUAUAGCAGUUUUACUUAAUUACAACAGUUUUGUAAAGAAAACAAUAUGUUAUCCCAACAUAUAUAUGUUUUUGUUGUUUUUUUUUUAAUUUCAUAGCCCAUUUUUUAAUAUCAAUUAAGGCAACUGUAGUAUUUUGAUGUUCAAAUCUCAUAAUUCAAUUACGAUCCUGGUAACAAACAAAAACUAAGGGAAUUGUAUUAACUACGUAAGGAGCAAGACCGGCUGCAUCGACUAGAUAAACUAAACAAUGCUAUUGAUUAAAGGAGUUACAUUCAUCUGUUGAAAAAUGUCUUGAUCAGUUGACAUUUAAGUAAACUCUUUUGCGAAAAUUACAUUUCAGUUCCUUUAAAUUAAAAAUGCAGUUAUAUUCAUUGGUCGAUUACACUAACAGGAAAUCUGCCAACACUUGAGUUGUGUCACACAUUAUUAAAAGUUAAAUGUGACAUAUGGCUAAUAAUCUUGCUGAAUUGAUUUAUAUUUAUGAUGUAAUUGAAGUUUAUUUGAUAGAUUGAUGACAAAUCUAAUUAAAUGAAGUUAAAUUUAAA